AUAGGCUGCAGAUUGCAGUGAUGCGUAAGAUUCGGUACAAUUUACUCGAACGCGGCGCGUCGGUGAGAGACGUAAUCGAUUCGGUUGUGGCACGUGGUCCACAUGAUGUUCCGGUACACAUUCUUAAUUUGGAUGACGUCGUGGAAAAGCAUCGAAACUGGCACCAUCAACUGUCACGCGUGGAACCUUUCUAUGCGGUAAAGUGUAAUGACGACCCAGCGAUACUGCGUACACUCAUCUCCCUUGGAGUAGGAUUCGAUUGUGCAUCUAAGCAGGAGAUUGAAAAAAUUCUUAAGCUAGGAGCAAGUCCCACAAAAAUCAUUUUUGCUCACACUGCUAAGUCAAUGGACUCUAUAGACUAUGCAAAGUCUUGCAGCAUUGAUCUUAUGACGUUCGAUGGAGAAUUUGAGCUGGAUAAGAUCAAACAAUUACAUGCCGAUGCAUUAUUAGUACUUCGUAUCCGCUAUGAUUCUUGCAAUGCACAGAUCUCACUAGGAAAGAAAUUUGGUUGUGAUCCAGAUCAAGAAGCUCCCCAGUUGCUAAAGUAUGCCAAAACUCUAGGAUUGGAAGUUGUUGGAGUAAGUUUCCACGUAGGUUCUGGUAGUGAAGAUCAUGAAUGUUUCCAAGGUGCUAUAAAAUGUGCACGUAGAUUAUUUGACUUUGCACACACGAUUGGUUAUCACUUCCAUCUGCUUGAUAUCGGUGGAGGCUUUCCUGGUGAUCACAAUAAACCAAUUGAUUCUUAUGCGAAGACAAUCAAUUUAGCUCUUCAACGUUUCUUUCCUUUAAAAUUGAAUGUUCGUAUUAUUGCCGAGCCAGGUCGGUACUAUGUUGCAUCUGCUGUCACAUUGAUUACAAAUGUGCAAUCGAAACGAAUUGUGCGCAACUCUCAGGGCGAUAUCACGGACAUCAUGUACUAUCUCAACGAUGGCCUUUUUGGAUCGUUCGAUUGGCUGAAUCCUCGUCAGCAUCCCCCAGAAAUCAUACCCGGCAAUCAUCAAAUUGUUCGAUCACAAACUGGACGGUUUUCCUCCACGCUUUGGGGCCCAACAUGUGACUCAACGGAUCUGAUCUGCUCCGGCAUGAUGCUAGAAGAACUGCGAAUAGGAGACUUCCUCGUGUUCGACAACAUGGGAGCUUAUGGUAUAACGUUGGCGACUAAUUUUAAUGGUUUCGCCAAACCUAAAGUGUUAACUUACAUUAGCCGGGCGGCAUGGGAAAAGCUCAAAUUGGAUAAACAUGGGAAAUCAUUAAAAAGAAGUGCUCCCGUAGUUGCCUCAAACAACUGGAACAGUGCUGACUAAAAUCUGCAUACAUAAUUAUUAUUAUUAAUGUCGUUAUACCCGGCAUUAACCUGAAUCAAUUAAUAAAAUUAAGUAUAUUUCUUUGACUGAUCGCAUUGCUAAAAAUUGUUGAACAAUGUGAUAUGUUAUUGAAAAGAUUAGUUAAAAAUGUUCUGUUUCAAUACACGUGUACGAAUUAUAACUAAUAAAUCAUUGAUAUUAUUUAAACUGUAUAUUAAGCAUUGGUACAUAUCUAUCCAAUCAUUCAUGCACACUUGUGCCAACGUAUUUUUUAA